AUGCAUGAAUCAGAAAUAAUUAUUUUGGAAGGUUCUAAUUUUUUUAGACAAUAUUUGGUUUAUUCGAUUUUAAGUGGAAGAAGGAUAUCUAUAAGAAAUAUUAGGCCAUAUGAUGAUUCUCCUGGAAUUAAAGGCACACAAGUUGACCUCUCGCCUGGAACUUUGCAAGGAGGGAGUUUUGAAUUUCAAUGUGGAACUGAACGUUGUAUCAGUUAUUUUCUUGAGCCACUCAUUUUUCUUGCGCCAUUUUGUAAGAUUGCAAUAAAUGGAAGCCUUAAAGGAUUAACAAAUGUGCCUGACGAAAUAAGCGUAGAUGCUAUUAAUAGUACAUGGUUACCCGUUUUUUCGCGUUUUGUACCAACAGAUGAUGAUUUAUACUUAAAGGUUUGUUUUGAUUUUCAGACUAAAAAAUUUGUUACGAUUGUUGAAAUUCCGGAAAUGUCAAAUCCACAAAAGUCGUUGAAAUGUCAAACGGUGAAUUUUCGAAUAACAACGGUUUUUGGAGGUUUGUCAUUUCAACGUUUUGACAUUGUGACAUGCUUCGAAAAAUUUUUUAUUUUUUUUAAUUUUAAGAUUAAUGCCAGAGGUUUUUUGCCAGAUGCAGGUGGAUCAGUAACCUUUUGCAGUCCAAUAAAAAAGAAUUUGAGACCUGUUCAAUUUGUAAAACCUGGAAAAAUAUGCAAAAUUCGAGGUCUUGCUUAUGUUUGUAAAGUUUCCCCUUCAAUUGCUUCGAGAAUGAUUGAAGCAGCAAAGAAGAUGUUGCAUGGAUAUAUUUCUGAUGUUUACAUAACUAUUGACCAACGAAAAGGUCCCCAAGGAGGAUUGUCCCCAGGUUUUGGAAUUUUUAUAACCGCUUCGACUACAGAAGGUGUCAGUUAUUUUGGUGAAGCAAUGUCUAAUCCAAAAGAUUCUCAAAAAGUUCAAUUGAUUCCUGAAGAAAUUGGAGCAGAAGCGGCAAAGCGUUUAUUAAACGAAAUUUAUAAGGGUGGAUGUACUGAUUCUUCAGCCCAAGCUUUAGCUACAACAUUUAUGACGCUUUGUGAUAAAGACGUUUCAAAAUUUUUGUUUGGUCCUUUGUCGUUUUAUUGUGUUCACACAAUGAGAAAUUUACGUUUAUUUUUUAAUCAUACAUUUAAAUUGGAUGAAUUAUGGAAAUUGGAAAAAAAGGAAUUUGAUGAAGAAAAGAAGAGGAGAUGUACUGGAAGUGAAGAUAAAUGUUUGUUAACUUGUGUUGGUACUGGUUAUUAUAAUAUAAACAAAAUAUUAAUUUAA